CUCGGGCCCGCGCCGCUUCUCCGCCGCCCCGAAGGGCCGAGGAAGGACGAGGAGCGAGGGGGAGAGGCGAGGGCUGGUUCGUGCGCUCACGUCUUUUUCUUCUAGGUGUCUUCUGAGGACACGCUCGCUCCGAUAUGGCUUUGAUCAGCCUGAAAAGCUUCCACUUCUGUUCACCCGGCGCACCAGCGAGCAGGCGUAUUUUGAUGACUCUAAGCAAAAGCUUGAGCUUCGUCAGCGAACGGCGAAAGCCCCAAAGCUAUCGUCCCACAGCCGUGAGGGUGCUGUAUUCCAAGGACAAAAGUCGGGAUGUGUUUUGUCGGAAAAACCACGUGCAGCUGCGGAUGCGGUCCCUUUCUGUUAAUGAAAGAGUGCAUCUCUGUGGGGAUACUGGGAGCAACACUAAGGCUGAUGAGCGGUGGAUGGAGGAACAAGUGUUCUUCAGGACAUUGAAAAGCCUCCGUACGUCACAAGAGAUUUUUAAGUUUCUUCGCUCCUUGGAAGUUAUGUCUGAUACUAUGGCAUCGGGAGCCCUGCAGAGGAUUUCUGAAGUUGAGGUGGAUGGCGAUGGCCUGAAAAACCCUGAUGAUGUGCUAGAGAAUGAAGUUUUCAGGGCAUUAUGCUUUCAGUUUGAAUUUGAAUCCUCAAAAUUGUCCAACAGCGGGCUGCUGAAUGCACUGCAAGCUUUGAUAAAGCUACGUGUAGAUCCCCAGAGUACACUGAUAGCACGCUUGCUUUCAGAGAGUGAAGAGCGGCUUGCUAACAGAAAGCUGACUGUUGACAAUCUCUGCUCUCUUGGAGAGAGUUUGCUUGAGUUGAAAGGCCCAAGUUGUGCUAUGCUGGAACAGAUAGUGAGCCGCAUGCAAGAAAAAGACAUUGAGAACUGGAGUCCUAGGGAAAUGGCGAUGGUUUAUAAGAUACUGCAGGUGGUGGUCGGGGAAAGGGAACAAUACUGGGACUUGCUAAACAGAAUGAACAGUGCCACUUUAACCAUAGCUUACCAGCUAAGUCCAAAGCUUACAAGUGUAAUACUGAAUUCACUGGUGGCUCUCCAUCAGACUCAGGUAGUUCCCUUAAUCUUAGCACUAUGUAAGCAUUCUGUGAAGCAUGUUCCUUACUUUACUGACGAUGAGUUGGUAAGCGUACUGGAAGCCUUCCUGUUCUUUGGACACCGUGAACAAAUUUUUACAGAAGCACUGGAAAAGCAUGUUCCCAAGUCCAUCCCUACUAUGCAUCCUGAAACUGUCAGCAAAGUCAUGCAGUACUGCUGUCAAAAGAAGAUCCUUUCGAAGCCUAUCUUGGAUGCAGUGGCAGAAGGUUUCAUUUCUAAUGCUGACAGCUUUACCACCGACCAGAUUGCUGAAUACAUUGUCCCAUUCGGGACUUUAAACUACCUCCCUCCAAAUGCUUCUUCCUUGUUUAGGAAGCUUGAAACAAUUCUACAUGCUCGUUUUAGUCAGUUUCAGCCUCAUGCCUUGUUGAAUCUGCUGCACUCAUGUGUUCUUAUUCAGCGUUAUCCAGUAAAUUUUCUGCCAAAAAUAUUUAGUCCCUUUUUCCUGCAAAAGCUUCAAGCUCAGCCACCUGGUUUGGACAGAGUUGUUGCCUCCCAGCUAACACAGCUUUUUCUAACUGUUACCCUGGAGUGCCCAUUUUAUAAGGGUCCCAAACUCCUUCCAAAGUAUCAAGUAAAUACCUUUCUCACAACUCACUGUUUUCUGGAUGUUCACCUCUUCAAAAAGGUGAAGAGUGGACUACUGUAUUUACUGAGAAAAAGAAUAUAUUUUUCAUCAGAGGUAUCAACACCGUAUUUCUAUACAGUUGAUAUUGAGAUUAAAUUAGAUGAAGAAGGCUUUAUGUUGCCUGCUACUCAAUGUGAAGAAGUACACACACGAAUUGCUCUCUGUGUUGAUGGUCCAAAUAGGUUUUGUGUUAAUAGCCAUAAUCUGCUGGGAGAAGAAGCUAUUAAACAGAGGCAUCUUCAGUUGCUUGGUUAUAAAGUUGUGCAGGUUCCAUUUUUUGAAGUAGAAAGUAUAAAUUCUUGCAGAAAAAUGGCAGAAUAUCUACACAAAAAGAUCUUUCCUCAUACAUAUGGAUAUGGCUGCUGACAAUGGAGAAUACCACUGUAUCACAGCUUGACCUCCUGUACCAUAAAGCGUACAUAUUGUGCAUGGGAGAACAAUUCUAAUAACUCCAUGUAAGAUGAUUUCAGCUUCUGAAUGUGUGACCUUCCAAUAUUUGGAACAAUUAAUAUGUAAAGAGUAAUAAAAAGCAACAUAUUUUCUUAAGUUUUAUGUAAAUAUUUAUUACGCAGUAUUAAUAGAUAAAAGUACCAAACAGUCA